AGGAAUUAUCUAGUUUUGCUAAUAUUUGUUGUAAAAUAUAUUUCUAAAUAUAUUUUUAGUUUACAAUUCGCUAAAGUGAGCUCACUGGUCAAUUUUAAAAUAUUUUGGCGUGAGGUAAUUGCUACUGAUUUGAAAUAUUAAUACCGCUGGCUGAACAAGAAGUCGCCAUUUCUUGAGCUCGGCGCGAAAAUGAUUGUGCUAGGUCUGUUCGGUCUCAACAAUUUCCGCCAUGAGUGUAAGAGAGUCUUUAAGGUACUAAAUUUUACUUUACUACCACUAUUACUAACGGAACUUACGAAUAUUUUGUACUGUUCAAGACAACUUAAGAUCCUGUACGUCGUGGAUAAUACCUGAACAUUGCUUAUUUACUGCAUGAAACUUGUGUUCAGUACCAGAAAUGGAUUUUGUAAGUGACUGGACUAUUAUGCACACCCUUGGAGAAGGAGCUUAUGGAGAAGUGAAAUUAUUAAUGAAUAAAAACGAUGGCAACAUGGUAGCUAUGAAAAUAAUCAACCUCGAAGAACAUCCUGAGGCCAAAGAAAACGUCCAAAAAGAAAUUGCAAUCCAUAAGAUGUUAAAUGAUUCUCACGUGAUCAGAUAUUAUGGUCAGAGAACAGAGGGCUCCAUUGGAUACAUCUUCCUGGAAUAUGCACCUGGGGGAGAGCUUUUUGACAAAAUAGAACCAGACAUUGGUAUGGAAGCUUGGGAGGCACAAAAGUAUAUGAAGCAGUUAAUAUCAGGAGUGGAGUAUCUUCAUUCAAGAGGAAUCGUCCACAGGGAUUUGAAACCUGAAAACCUGCUUUUGGACGAUCAUGACAACUUAAAAAUUACUGACUUUGGAAUGGCUACAGUGUUCAGAAGCAGAGGCAAGGAGAGAUUGUUGGACAAGAAGUGUGGAACAACGCCAUACAUGGCACCUGAAAUAUUAUUAAGGCCUCAAUACAGAGCUGAACCAGUGGACAUCUGGUCUUGUGGCAUCAUCUUGGUGGCCAUGCUGGCUGGAGAGUUGCCAUGGGACAAGCCUGUGAUUAAGUGUCGGGAGUUUGACACAUGGAAAAACGGUAACUACAUGUCCACUACACCCUGGUCCAAGCUGGACAACCUGGCUAUCACACUGCUGCGCAAGAUACUGCAUCCGCAACCUUCCCUGCGCAUGACCGUGGACAAGAUCAAACAACACAGGUGGUGUGUCAAGAGACACACACAGACUAAAGGGCCACAAGCCGCUGAGACGUUGCCUCAGUUGCCAUACAAGAGACUGAGGUCCAACGAGCUGUCUCCUCCUGCCAUGUGUGAUCCCCGUCUGUGUCAGUCACAACCUGAGGUAUUGUCUUGUGUCACUGACGCACCCAGGGGGGGCAACGAGCCUGCACACAUAUGCUUCUCUCAGCCUGCGCAGAUAGACGACCUGCUAGUGUCAACACAGUACCUGGCCACUCAAAGCAACACCAGCCAGGACUCCAUGCAGAAGCUGGUGCGCCGCAUGACCAGGUUCUUUGUAGGUGCUGAGCCUGAGGUAGCACUAGGGAGUUUGGUGCGGACACUUGAUGUUAUGGGUCUUGCCUGGCGCACUCAUACUCCUGGCAUUAUCACAGUGACUGCUGUAGAUAAGUACAAAAACCAGCUGACGUUCAAGGCCAGUGUGCUGAUCAUGGACAAGCAGACACUGAUGGACUUCCGACUCAGCAAGGGUUGCGGCCUCGAGUUCAAAAGACAAUUCCUCAUCAUCAAGAAACAGCUCAGCGACAUCGUAGUUAAGGGCCCAGUAGCUUGGCCCAUUGCUAUUGCUACCAAUAAUGUUCCUUAAAACAUCACUUUGACUGUCAUGUAUGUCUCUUGCCUAAGGGAUCACCCAUGGUCACUAUCAGAUUGAAAAGUAAAGUUUUUUGGGCCAAUUGCACAAUUACUCAUAUUAGACCACUACUGCACUAUUUUCUGAAGUUCUCUAGAGUAAGCUUUUAUAUACUAAUUUAAUAGGUCUGAAAAUGGCAAUACUUACUGUUACAUAUGGUAUGGAUAUUGUAAAGUACCUGAUGUGGACAUCUUCUUUAAGACCUAAGGUUUUAUGAUUGCUUUUUAAACAGCAAGUUUUGGUGUAAUGCCCUUUAUUUUAUUGUAAGAGACUUGGAAAUUAAACCUUGUCCUCCUUUUGGUUCAAGGACUCCUUCUGUUCUUUUUUAUCUGAACUUAGGCCGGAAGAAACAUACAAAUUUCUAUCUAAAGUUAAAAUCUUUUGGCUUGUUGUUUCCCUUAGACAAAAAGCCCUGUUGUCCCCUAGUCAUUUUGGAAGAAAAGAAAUGUAUAUAUGAAUUCUCUAAGAGAAUUAAUCACAUUCGCCUUUAAUGAGGUAUUUUUAGUCGUAGAGGUAUUUUUAAUCAUCUUUAAAUAUGAAUUGGUACAUUAAGCCACUAAUAAGGAAGUACGAGGCAUGUUUUUAAGUAAGUACCGUUUUUACAUUUUUUCCGUUCCAGCGCUGCGAUUGACAUUUUAGACAUUUGUGCUGUGUAUGUACAUCUAUUGGCAAGCCUGUUCCGGAAAUUCGGCAACUAUCAGCUGCAUUUACAUCCGGUUGAGAGCAUUCAAAUGUCCAAAAUGCCAAUCCCAGCGCUGGAACGGAGAAAUUUAAAAACGGUACUUACUUAAAAAACAUGCUGUGCAAGUAUUAUAGUUCCCUGCGAAGCUUACGGAACACAUGAUUCAUGUGAGUACAAUAAACACCAUUCUGGAUGAGUUGUGUACGGUACUUUUGCCAUGCUACCAGCAUAAAUAUACAAGAUAAGUCAAAUAACACCUAGACUAUGUAAUUAUACAGUAUCCUAUUUUGACAGCAUUAUUAACUGUGUAUUAUCAAUAUUCUUCCUUGAAUAUACUACAUGAAUACUAAAUAAUUGCAGAUAAGUAAAAACAUUGUCUCGAUUUUGUUCACGUUUUAUCAUACUAUAUCUUAUUGUCUUCUUGGCAGUUUAUGAUUUUUUUUUCAACAUGUUUACAAUUUUCAUUAACCUGAAAUCCACUCAAUGUGUUUACUUCCAGACUAAGUUAACCUAGGAAUAUAAUAAAUUAAAAACUGUUAGUUAUACCUAUGCAUUUAUUAUUAAUUAGUAAUUUAAAUAUACUUGUGUGAUUUCAUUGAAUAUCAUAUAUUGUACAUACUUUUUAGUUUUUUUACAAUAAAACAAUGUUUAUA